AUGUUCUGCGCAAUAUCUGGUGAACCACCACAGCAGCCAGUUGUAUCUGUUAAAUCUGGCCAUCUAUUUGAAAAGCGUUUGAUUGAAAAGUACUUGAAUGAAAAUGGCAAAGAUCCUAUCUCCGGGGAUUCGCUGACUGCUGAUGAUUUGGUUCAGCUUAAAAUUGAACCAACAAAUGUACCUCCACGCCCACCUACGCUCACUUCUGUACCUUCUCUACUCUCCACUCUGCAAUCUGAAUGGGAUUCUCUCGUUUUGGAGACUCAUUCUCUUCGCGAACAGUACGUUAACGGGAGGAAGGAUCUUGCGCAUGCCUUGUAUCAGGUGGAUGCAGCACAUCGCGUUAUAGCCAGGCUCAUGGUGGAGCGCGAUCAGGCCAGAGAGGCGCUCAGCAACAUUAAUGCAGCUACUGGUGCAGCUACUACUGAUUCUAGUCACGCCGCCCAAACUGAGAAUGGUGAUGUAGAAAUGCAAGAGGAGACUAAGCACGCUCUUCCACUCCACGUCACUGCGAACAUCGACACAGUCGCAGCGGCUCUGACUGCCGAGCGCAAGAAGCGAAAGGUGGCAGAAGGAUCAGCGACAGCGGCGACGAUCCGCGCAUUCGGUGUGCACGACACACUCACUUCCUUCCAUUCGGCGUCACCAGCUGGUGUGAAUGCCGUUGGGUUGUCGACGGCGAACAACCUCCUCCUCACAGGCGGCAACGACAAGCAUGUGCAGCUGUACGACCGCGACGCAGGCAAGACAAUUGCAACACUCAAGGGCCACACGAAGAAGGUGAAUGCACUCCAGUGGAGAGAAAAAGAGGGAUGCAAGACGGUCGUGGUGUCGGGCGGAGACAAGCGCGUGCGCGUCUACGGCGAGGAGGAGAAAGGGUGGAAAAUGAUUGGCGAGUUCAAAAACAGAUCUAGUGGGGAAGUUACGGGUGUUAAGGUUCACCCUACUCAGCAGUACGCGGUUAGUGUGGGCACUAAUCAGACUUGGUCGCUGCACGAUCUAGACACGUUGGAAACUCUGCUCGAUAUUGGCCCCGUUGAGGGCGAGAAAGGUGACUUUGAAUACACGGCUCUCGACGUGCAUCCCGACGGUGGCAUUUUCGCUACUGGCACACAAGCCGGAUUGGUUAGAGUAUGGGAUUUGAAGAGCGCCAAGAUGGCUGCUAAUUUCCAAGUGUCGUCUUCACAUGGCGCUGUUAGCUCACUAUCUUUCUCGGAGAAUGGCUACUAUUUGGCUGCAGCUUACACUGGUAGUGCGUCAGUGGAGGUAUUCGACCUGCGUAAACUGAAAUCUGUCCACACUUAUACGGCGGAUGAGGGCCAGUCUGCGCCUACCGUCGUCGCGUUCGAUCCUACAGCGCAGUUCCUUGCUGUUGGUGGGAGCGAUGUGAGGAUACUGGCGAACAAGACCUGGGAACAGCUCGCUAGGCUGGAGGAUAACACGGGUGAGAUAGAGUCGCUGGUCUGGGGCAAUGCCGGUAAGGAGCUCAUCGCUACAGGAAUGGAUAGGGCUGUAAGGGUGUAUAGCGCCAGUGAUAGUGCGUAG